UUUGUGCCAAGCGCCUAGUAACUAUUCAGUAGUUUCUCGUCUGUCGGCUGUUGCGUAUCGUAAUCUGUAUACCUUUAUCCCGUUCGCGCGGUCGACUACCAUUCAAAAUAAUUCGUUAGUAUCAUCUUCAUAAUUUAAUUUUCAUAGUUAUCGAUCACAUUUCACCAUUUCAAUACUGACUCGGUACAUCGUCAUUUCAAGAAUACUUGAUAACGAUUAAAUAACUAUGGACCGUUUAAGAGUGAUAAGCAAAGCCCGGCGUAUAUUUUAUACUGGUCCCGUUCUACGCAAGUCCAGCUGUGGGAUAAGACACACGUGGCAUUCGCUUCAACGGUUCCGGACAUAUAGUAGCUCUGGAUCUAUAAUUCUAGAAUCACCUUUUGGACCAGUAGAUAAUGUGGACACAACCCUUCCCGAGUACAUAUGGGCCAACAUUGAUAAAUGGGAAGACAAACCGAUGAUAACUUGUGGCAGUAGUGGUAGAUCGUAUACGUAUGGUGAAGGUCGUAUGAUAUGUAGACUUUUUGCCAGUACACUUAUUUCUAAACUUGGUUUGAAAAAAGGCGAUGUGGUUGGUUUACUACUUCCUAAUUUACCAGAAUACGUUUUUGCCAUUCACGGAGCUCUCGAAGCCGGAUUAGUAGUAACUUUUGUGAAUCCUCUUUACACUGCAGGAGAGGUAAAACGUCAGUUUGAAAACGCCGGCGUGAAAUUGUGCAUGACUAUUUCGUUGUUGUUGCCUGUUAUUCAAGAAAUAUCGCCAUCAUUGCAGAACUAUAGAGGUACGGUUGUUUUUGGAGGUGACGAAGUUGCUGAUGAGAAAUCUCGUAUUUAUGAUUUUAAAACAAUUGUCACGGGCCAGUCCCCUGAAGAGUUACCAGAAUCACAUCCCGAUGAAGUCGCCUUAUUGCCAUACUCAAGUGGUACUACAGGACUUCCAAAAGGCGUUAUGUUGACUCAUCGAAACUGUGCAAUUAACUUAGAACAGAGCAAGCACUCUGAACUCAUAAACUAUAUACCCACUUCUGAUGAUUACCAAGAAAGAAUUCUCAGUGUUUUACCAUUUUUUCAUAUUUACGGUUUCAAUGGUAUUUUAAACGGAGUAUUAUCUUACGGUCUUCAUAUGAUCACCAUACCGAAGUUUACUCCCGAAUCCUAUAUUGAGUGUGUGCUUAAGUACAAGCCAACAAUGUUAUUUGUUGUACCUUCUUUACUGUUAUUCUUGGCGUCUCAUCCAUCAGUAAAGCCGGAGCACUUAAGUUCUAUUAAAGAAAUUACAUGUGGAGCAGCUCCUGCUUCAAAAGCUCUCAUCGAUAAUUUCAUACAAAAAGCUCAAAAAGAUAUUAUUAUUAGACAAGGUUAUGGUAUGACCGAGUCGUCUCCUGUAAGUUUGUACACAAGGUUUAAGUUGCCUCAAAACAAAAUUGGUAGUACGGGACAACUGGUCCGAGGAACUCAAGCAAGAGUGGUGUGUUUAUCUAGUGGAAAAGAUUUGGGGCCUCAUAAAUCCGGAGAAUUAUUUGUUAAAGGGCCACAGGUAAUGGUUGGUUAUUUAAACAACAAACCAGCCACAAAUGAAACAAUAGAUGAAGAUGGUUGGUUACAUACAGGUGAUGUUGCUUAUUAUGAUGAAGAUGGGUAUUUCUACAUUGUAGAUAGAACAAAAGAACUAAUUAAAGUAAAAGGCAAUCAAGUAUCACCAACCGAAUUAGAAAGUUUAAUUUUGCAACUGAAUGGUGUUGCUGAUGUUGCAGUUGUUGGAAUACCUGAUGUGUUAUCUGGAGAAAUUCCGAGGGCAUUUGUUGUUAGAAAACCAGGAUCUGACAUAAGCGAAAAAGCUAUUUUGGAACAUGUGGAAAAGAAUGUUGUAGCCUAUAAAAAAUUAGCUGGGGGUGUAAAAUUUUUGGAUCUUAUUCCUCGUAACCCUUCAGGCAAGGUAUUAAGAAAUGAACUCAAAGUGUUCGGUAAUAAUCCUAGCGAACAAUCAAAGAACUGAUGUAAUUUUAAAUUAGAACCAUGUGAAUAUUUAAAUUAGUUUUGUGUAUACAGGAAUUGUGUAUAUAUUUAUAAAUGGGAACUGAUAGAAUUUUAUACCUAGCAAAAUAUAAGUAAUGUUUAUUAUUUUUUUAAAUAUUUUUCAUAUAUAUUUAGAAAUAUUAAACAAGAGA